AUGACACAUCCAAACUUUGCUGGUCAACAUGCGUGUCUUUGGGACUAUGGGUUAGCAUGCGAUGGCACCCAAUGGCCUCCAGGAUUCAAUACAUCAGAUACGCCUCGGCCCAAGCUGGGAGAUGUUCCCUACGGAACAAAGAUCUUCAAUUGCAAAGUGGAAAACACGCUCGCACUCACGUACGAUGAUGGUCCCCGGGAGUGGACAGCGGAUUUGCUGGACAUCCUGAAGGCCAACGGCGUCAAAGCGACGUUCUAUAUCAGAACAAUCAACCUAUACUGGGAGCUGAUAGCCCAUAAGUUCGACGAGAGGUCUGCGCUUAUUAGAAGAAUAUACAAGGAAGGACACCAGAUUGCGGGGCAUACCUGGGGCCACAAGGACUUGGACAAGAUGACUCCGCACCAACGCAGAGACGAACAGAUAAAAGCAGAGAUUGUUCUCAACGACAUCCUAGGCUUUUUUCCGACCUACAUGCGCCCGCCCUUCAACAUCUGCGGCCCUCAAUGCCAGGCCGAAAUGGGAGAGCUCGGCUACCAUGUGACUGCAGCCGACCUUGAUGGACGAGACUGGGCGGGUAAUUACACCUACACGGAAGAGAACUUCAUGGAGAAGAUCAAGGGCAAGAACCGUAACGGGGUUCGGGCCUGGUUGGGCCUUGCACACGAUACCCAUGAAGCAACCAUGUCUCGCACCGCCAUACCACGUGCCGCACUACGUCUUAGCUCAAGAAGCCCGUUAUGCACAUCUUCGAGGUCAAUUGAGGCGCCAAGCCGCAGUCUGCCUAUAUUGCGCCCAACACCACAAUGCUCGUCACACGCCAUCCGAAGCUUCUCCGUAAGCACACAACUACAGAAGAAGGCCGGUAAAGCGAAUAAGGCCCACGCGCGAACCGACUCCGCACCUCCCGUCAGCAACCCGGGCCCAUUGACGCCUACCGACGAAGCAUACGAUGUCUCAGGCCUGGAGGCACAGAUCCUCAAGGCUCUGGAGAAGCUUACACACGAUCUUAGUCAGUUGCGCAGUGGAGGAAAGACGAACCCCGAAAUCGUGGAGAACUUGAAAGUGCAAUUGGGCACGGCAGGAAACAAAGAGACCGUGAGACUGGGAGAUAUCGCGCAGGUUGUUCCCAGAGGGAGAAUGUUCAAUGUCAUCUGCGGGGAAGACACGCACGUCAAGCAUGUCACCAGCGCCAUCGCCGCCUCUCCACACUCGCUCACACCCCUCACACCCGAACCCUCCAAUCCUCUCACCAUCCAAGUCCCGCUCCCACCACCGACAGGAGAGUCGCGUCGCGCAGCCGUCGAGUCGGCCGUCAAGGCUUCUGAGCGAGCAGACAAGCUGAUACAGCAAGGACGCCAGGAACACAACAAGAAGUUGAGGAAGUUUGAGCUGAAUCGCGAUGUGCUACCGGAUGACCUUCAGAAGGCGAAGAAGAAGAUGGAGGAGGUGGUGAAGAAGGGACACGAGGAGGUUAAGCGCAUCAGCGAUGGCGCGAAGAGGGUGCUUGAGAGUCAGUAA